GGGAUCCGGCGGAGGCGCCGUCGGGGAGCAUGCGGUGGGCGCGGGGCGGGCGGGCGCUGCGGGCGGCGCUGCUGCUGGGCGGCCUGGCCGUGCUGCUGCGGGCCCUUUGCGGCGGCGGCGGCGGCGGCCCGCACGCCGGGCCCUUCCGAUUCCAGCGCCAGGACGUCGCCCUGCUGGCUCGCCAGUACGCAGGGCUGGACCACGAGCUGGCCUUCUCCAAGAUCAUCGUGGAGCUGCGGCGCCAGCACCCGGGACACAUCCUGGAGGACGAGGAGCUGCAGUGGGUGUUCGUCAACGCCGGCGGCUGGAUGGGGUCCAUGUGCCUGCUGCACGCCUCCCUCUCCGAGUACGUGCUGCUCUUCGGCACCGCCGUGGACUCCAGCGGCCACUCAGGCCGUUACUGGGCUGAGAUCUCCGACACCCUCAUCUCCGGGACCUUUCGCCAGUGGAAGGAGGGAAUGACCAAGAGCGAGAUCUACUACCCCGGCGAGACCGUCGUGCACCGGCCGGGGGAGGCGGCGGCGGUGCAGUGGAGCGCGGGCACGUGGAUGGUGGAAUACGGGCGAGGCUGCAUCCCCUCGACGCUGGCCUUCGCCCUGGCCGACACGCUCUUCAGCACUCAGGACUUCCUGACGCUCUUCUACACGCUGCGAGCCUACGCCCGGGCCCUGCGCCUGGAAGUCGUCGCCUAUUUCUCCGGCCAGGGCCGCUGAGCGCCCCGGGGGCCGGGGUGGGUCGCGGCCCCGGGGGGGCGGG